GAGAAGCUGGACACUCGAUCGUUUAAAUGCUCGAGACGGCGAAGAGUUAUGCGGUCCUCGAAGAAGAGCUGCAGAGAUUGCAAAGGAUAGGGGUUGCAUUGGUACCUCCACUUGUCAAUGCUGUAGACUCACCUGCUCUUCCUCGUAGCCCGAUCGAUCUUCAGGAUAGCGAACUGAAAAAAAAUGUCGACUCUCAGUGAGCUCGUUAAUCUGAAGCUCGGAGAUGUUACUGACAGCAUUAUCGCUGAGUACAUCUGGAUCGGGGGGUCCGGUACCGACAUGCGGAGCAAGGCGCGGACUCUUCCAGGCCCUGUCAAGAGUCCCGAGGAGCUACCCAGAUGGAACUAUGAUGGAUCCAGCACAGGCCAAGCUCCAGGCAAGGACAGCGAAGUCAUUCUCUACCCUCAGGCAAUCUUCAAAGAUCCAUUUAGAAGGGGUGACAACAUUUUGGUGAUCUGCGACUGCUACACUCCACAAGGGCAGCCUAUUCCAACCAACAAACGUGCUGCUGCGGCUAAAAUCUUUUCGCAAGUCGAAGUGAGCAAUGAAGAGCCAUGGUAUGGCCUCGAGCAGGAGUACACACUCCUGCAGAAGGAAGUCAAGUGGCCUCUGGGUUGGCCCAUUGGCGGCUACCCUGGGCCUCAGGGACCAUACUAUUGCGGUAUAGGAGUAGACAAGGCUUGGGGCCGUGACAUUGUCGAUGCUCAUUACAAGGCCUGCCUGUAUGCAGGAAUUCAGAUCGGUGGCAUCAACGGGGAGGUCAUGCCCGGGCAAUGGGAGUUUCAAGUAGGGCCAGCUUUGGGAAUUACUGCCGGAGAUCAACUCUGGGCGGCUCGUUAUAUUCUUGAGAGGAUUACAGAGAUUGCUGGAGUAGUACUCUCUCUGGACCCAAAGCCUGUUGAAGGCGAUUGGAAUGGUGCAGGGUGUCACACCAACUUCAGCACCAAGAGCAUGAGGAGGGAAGGAGGCUUCAGGGUGAUCAAGGACGCGAUUGAGAAGCUGGAAAAGCGACACAAGGCGCAUAUCGCUGCCUAUGGCGAGGGCAAUGAGAGACGAUUGACCGGCAAACACGAGACGGCAAGCAUGAACACCUUCUCCUGGGGAGUGGCGAACCGCGGUGCUUCCAUCCGAGUCGGAAGGGACACCGAGGCGGAAGGAAAAGGCUACUUUGAAGAUCGUCGUCCAGCCUCGAACAUGGAUCCAUACAUUGUUACCUCCAUGAUAGCGGAAACUACAAUCCUCUUUCAGCAAAAUCACCCUCGAUGCCUCUCCUGCCAACAUUAGACAAUCGUGCUACGGCAGGGAUUUGGGUCACAUGUCUUGGCGGCUUUCUAUACAUAAACGGGGAUCUGAUCAUCACCAACACAAGUUCGACCAAAAAAGAACAAGAGAAGAUUUCAUCAAGAGACACUGAACCAAUCCCUCGGUGCGGCAUCCUUCAUGUUUGGAGUGCUUCUGGGUUGGAGUUAAGGCAUGAUCUGUACUGAUAGAUCUAUCGAGUGUACCCAGAGAAAAUAGCCUAAGGACACACUCGACGAUACACAGUGACUCCAACUUCGCAACUGGUGUGGUUUGCACGAUCUCUUCGUGCAAGUACUUCCUGGUCAAGAGUCCUGGUCUCUUCCGAUCCAAGACCUCGAGGAGGGUUACAACUCUCUUCCAGGUGAUCGUAGUGGGGCGCUCCACAGGUACGUGGCGUGGUCGCAGAAUGCACAGAGUUAAUAUUGCGGGAAACGGUGGAUCCGAGGAGGGAAUGUCGACUUCAAUGACCUUAGCAGCCACGAAGGAAUCAGAAUUAGGUGAUUGUGUCAACUCACACAAGGAGAUUUAGGGUAUGCCCAACAAUCACCUCAAGUCAGAUGAUACAGAGAACUUUUUAAAGACUUGUCCAAGGUUCCUUGCGUAAACAGAGCAGAGUGAAUCAUCUAUGGUGUGGCUGAAGAACCCAGGGCAGAGAUUGGAAGAGAAAAAUGAUAGAACAGGAAAAGUUGAUAACAGCAUUCUGCUAGAUUUCACAGUCCAUGUAUCAAGCUACCUUAUUGAGAUAGAAAACUGGAUCCGAUAAAUGUUUCUUCUUCUUUUUUUAACAAAGCUCUGAAACUUAAAUAAAAUGAAAGCUUGUCCUC